AAACGCCACAUUUGUUUGAUCAAAAAUCUAUUGAAACAAUGGACAAAGUCAAGGGAAUAAAACCGAAAAACGGAAAAGGGAACAAGCGAAAGGGGAUAAAGAGAGUGAAUAAGGUGCCCAGAUGUAGCCCAGAAUGUUGGAGCAACAAGGACAGAGGUUCAGACUCACAGAAACAGCGUUGGGCGUGCACCAUGGUCGACUUCAGGAGAGAGCUGGGGCCCCAACUGGAAGACCUCCGCUCGAAGGGCCUCUUCUGUGACGUCACAAUGGUUUUUCCUCAGGACGGAAGGAAGAUGCAUGUUCACAGGAACAUUCUAGCCAGUUGCAGCCAGUAUUUCCGUACUCUGUUCACCUUCAACAUGACAACGUCGGGGCACAUAGAGGUGGAGAUUCCAGGAUUGACGUAUUCUGACAUGGAGGCAGUGGUCCAGUACGCCUACACACACAAAGCAGACCUAAGUUCGGGCAACAUCGAAUCGGUCAUCGUCACCGCGGACAGACUCAACGUUCUCGGCCUUCUGAAGAUACUCAAAGCGGACGACUUGAUCAUCAACUACGAGGACUACGCAUGCGCAGCCGUGGUGAAGUGGGUUGACUUUUUCCCGGAUGUGAGGUCAGCCUACCUCCCUCAGUUGCUCAGGGCGGUUCGCCUAGGCCUGGUGUCCAGAGGCACGUACGAGGCGCUGAUGCACAAGUUCAGCAACCUGCCCACAGACUCGGAGUCCAUGUGCUUACUACAGAAAGGUAUGAGAACGAACAGGAGUCGUACGAGCACAGCCUGGCAUAUCACGCGAUGGUCACGGUGGACAGGGCGCUCUACGUCAUCGGCGGGUACACGACGGUCAAGUACCUCAACUCGGCCAAGAAGUUUGAGCCCUUAAGCAAAACCUGGUCAGAGAUCGCACCCAUGCACAGCAGUCGUUGCUACGUGUGUGCGGCAGAGCUGGAUGGGUACAUCUACGCCUGUGGGGGCUUUGAUGGCAACACACGUCACAGCUCUGUGGAGAGGUACUGUCCAGACAAGAAUCAGUGGCAGAUGGUCAGUGAUAUGUCCAGUGUCCGGAGUGACGCGGGAGCCUGUGGGCUAGAUGUUGAGAAGUACUACCCUGACAGAGGGGCUUGGUUUCCUGUCAAAGAAAUGCUAAAAGGGCGGAGCAACUUCGCCGCUGCCGUCAUAGAAAACCGGAUCUAUGUCGUUGGUGGAUACGAUGGCUCCGGUACGACGGGUCACGUGGAGUUCUACGAGAGUGACAAGGAUGAGUGGUCAGAGGCGGACGGCAUGCGCGUGGGUCGCAGCGCGGCGAGCGCGUGCACCGUGAGAGGGCUAGACAACAUCCGAGAGUACACCUUUUACGGCAAGGAGGCACACCUACUGACACACGCCGACAACUAUGAGUGGCAG